GUUUCUCUCCCAAAUCCCGCACACGCGAUUUCUCUUCGUCGGCGCACGAUUUCUUCUUCGUCGGCGCACACGCGAUUUCUCUUCGUCGGCGCACGAUUUCUUCUUCGUCGGCGCACACGCGAUUUCUUCUCAGGCUGCACGCACGCGAUUUCUUCUUCGGCUUGCACGUGAUCUUCUUCUCCGGUCCCAAAUCAAGCACAGCUCUAAGGGCUCUGACUUAAGGGGCAAGAGAUCUUCUUCUCUAGCUCCAAAUCACGCACGACUCUAAGUUGCGCAACCUUCCGGCUUAAGGCGCACGCGAUCUUCUUCUCCGGCAUUCUUUCCACGAUCCACCGAACAAGCUUAAGCUCAGGAUGAGGUGGGAAGAUAAAUUUCAGAUGAUAACGUGAUUAAUGAUGCAAGCUGCGAAGAAGAUAGUUCAUUUGACGAAGAGGACCUAAUCAAGGGUCUCAAAUUCCAACCAAUAUUGAUGGACGGACUAAAAUAAAUGUGGUUAUGAAUAAAUUUGUCGAAAAUGAAGUUCCUCGUGAAAUUACAAAUGAUAUCAAAGGAGUGAUUAAAGGAGUAUGGCCAACGUGGAAAAAGGUACCUAGUGAUAUUAAAGAUUUACUUUGGGAAAAUUUUAAGUUGAGAUAUAAUUGGGAUAAUUUUACCGACAGAGAAAUGAAAAAGGUAUGGAAUGAAAAUUCAAGUGAGAGAUACAGGGCAUCCAUUCAUUUGGCUAAGAAAGCAACAUUAUCAUCUGCACAAGAAGAUUUAGGAAGGAAACCAGACAUAUUAGAUAUGAUAGGUAGAGGACCUGAUUGGAUGGAAGCUAAUAUAUGGAAUGACUUGGUUAAAAUUCAUUGGAAUAAACCAGAUCACAAGAUCAAAUGUGAAAUUGUACGGAAGAAUAAAAUGACAGCGAAGGAUGGGUCUACUAUCAAACAUACUGGGAGUUCAAUUUCUUUUGUAGCACACCGUGAGAGAAUGAAAAAAGAUUUGGGACGAGAUGUGGAUGAAUUUGAGGUUUUUGAACGAAUGCAUAAAAGAAAGUAAGGAACAAUAUAAAGAGAGACAAAAUGUUGAUGAUCAGUCUACUCGACCUUCAUUCAAUUUCAAAUCAUGGUGUGAUGUGGUGGGUGAUCCAUGUAAGAGGAGGGUGUACGGAUUUGGACGCAAUCAACAUUUUAGAAGAUCAUGCAAUGGAAGUUCCAAUGAAAUGUGCUCUCAUGAGAACAACAAUGAAUUAUCUCAAAAAAUUGAAGACAUGCGUGCUAUUAGCAAGAGGAUGGAGGAAGAAAUUACUGAAAGCAAUAAUAAAUUGGAACUCAUUAUCAAAGAAAAUAGACAGAGGAAGAACAACUUAUCGAGGAAGGUAGACAAAGAGAAGAAAAUCUAAAAGAGAUGGUUUGUAAAAUGAUUCAAGAGGCGGGAUAUACAAAUCAUUUAAGCGAAAUAAAGAUUAAAUUACUUUAUCUUUGAUUAAUGGUUAAAUGUAUUUAGAUGAUGUGAAUAUUUACUUAUUUCAAUAUUAAUUUUAUGAUACUUUUGUAUUA